CAACAAUAUGGCCUGAAAAAGACACCACUGGUUUUAAAUAAAACAUAUGCACUAAUAAAUAUAUUCUAGUUGUGGUAUGUCUUUGAGGAUUUUUGCACAAUGUAACAAAUGUGUCGUCAGAGAUUUAUGUACUCGAUUAGAUCGGUCUGACCAGAGAUCUGAAAAUCCCAAUGAUUGAUCUCUAUUUACGCUCCCCACUGACAUCUACAGAGAAAACACCACUAGCUUCAGCCGUGAAUGUACAUUUCGUGGUGGGGAUUUAAAUCGUAUGAAGACCAGCAUUAUUUGAAGAUCAGGCAAGGCAUUCGACCGCGCCUAUCUCGGAUCAACCAACAACAUCGUCUAAAAAGGGAUACAAAUAAAGCUGUUUUUGGAGUGUUGACUGACAGUGACGCGCAACACAGGCAGAGGGGAGAGCUGACAGGAAAUAACCAUCGCUGCUGAUGGUGUACGAACGACAGUAGAGAGAGGACUACUCGUACACCCGCCGCUUUCCGUUUUACCUACGCCCCAAACCAAGCUGUUCAUGCGAAGGAAGAUCCUCUCUAGAACAGGCCGAUUACGAACAUAGCAAGGAGUGGCGGCCAGGCGAGAGGGAGGCUACGGCAAACCAUCUCUCCCAGAUAUACCUCCAUUACGCCCACCUACCACCGCCUCCUUCAGCCAUGGAUCCGCCGAGGACUCGGUCACGUUCAGGCUUCUUUCAUUAUGGCAUGAACGGUGGUGGAAACGGCAAUAACACAAUCAACAAUGGGAACAUGAUGAAUGCCAGCGGAGGGAUCGGGGUGAAUUACCCUCAACAGAACAACCCCGGCUGGGUUCCGCACGGAGCGCGCGGUAGCUAUUCGGAGAACCAGCACACCCAGGGGAACUACCUGUCCGGUGGGGCGCAACGCCACCCUUCCCACGGAGCACACAGACACCCCGGCACCGGUGUCCUGCACUUCCACCCUGAUAACAUCUGCAGUGAUGAGCGGGACAAGAUGGAGGACAGUCCUAGCCCCAAGCGACAGCGUCUUUCCCAGCAGUCUAUGUUAGAUCUGAGCUCUGCCCCUCCCUCCACCCCAUCCUCUCCCAUUCGUCCCUGGGAGCUACCCCACACCCCCACUACCUGGGCCACAACCCCACCCAGUCGCAGGCCACACCCCCACUACCUGCCAGAGCGAUGCCACACUCCUGUUCGCAACCGCCGCAGUCCUCCAAUGAGACGCCAGCGUGGCCGCCGUGACCGUCUCACCUCCCACCCUCAUCACAACUCUCACCCCCAACAUCAUCAUCACCACUACCACCACCAUCACCACAACCCGCACCCGCACCAUCAUCAUUCUCACCCUCACCACGGCCUCUCAGCAGGGCCUCAGGAUGAGAACUACCGCCACCCCGUCCCUCCUCAGAGUUACCCCUACAACCAGCAACCUCCCCGGGGGCCAGAGGAGCGCCCCUACCACCCCCCCAACCUAUCCCCACGCCCCCUCCACCACCCUCCUAACCUGUCCCCCAGGCUGAUGCACCCUGCCGCCCACCCCCAGCACCCCCCUCAGCAGCAGAGCAGUGUGGUGCUGGACCUUCAUGACCAGGGUUCUUCUCAGGUGUCGUACCCGCUCUCUCCCCCUGGCGCACCCCCUGGCCUGUCACCCCGCUCUGCCCCCCCGCAGCUCCCAGCAUGCUCGGUGGUCUUCAGUGGACAACACUACCCUGUCUGCAGUGUUCCUCCAUCGGUUCUGCAGACAUGCUCUGUGCAGCACCUGCCCAUGCCCUACCCAUUCCCCUCCCUGCUGUCCAGUGACCCCACCUUUCUCCUGCCCCCUCCCCACCUGUCCCACCACCCCCCUCACCUCCCCCACCAUCCCCCUCACCUCCCCCAGCCUGGACAGUUUGGACCCUACCCCACACAGCAGGCCAGAUCGCCGUUACAGAGGAUAGAGAAUGACGUGGAGCUGUUGGGGGAACACCUGUCCUUAGGGGCGGGUCUCCACUACCCCCCCGCAGCCCACCCCGGCCUGCCCCCCCACUCCACACAGCUCCACUUCCUUUCCCAUGAUCCACUGCCACAGGAGUUCUUUGGAGUGUCGUAUCCCAGCUUCAUACCACGACGUAUCCCAGGACGACGCUACCGCUCCCAGCAGCCACUGCCACCCUCGCCUUACCACCCCAGUUUCCUGCCUUACUUCCUCUCCAUGCUGCCAGUCCAGCCAACAGGCCCUGCCAUCAGCCUGGAGCUAGAUGUAGAUGACGGAGAGGUGGAGAACUAUGAGGCCCUUCUCAACCUGGCUGAGCGUCUGGGAGAGGCCAAACUCAGAGGACUGACCAAGGGAGACAUUGAACAGCUGCCUUCCUAUAGGUUCAACCCCAACAACCACCAAUCAGAACAGACGCUGUGUGUGGUGUGUAUGAGUGACUUUGAGUCUCGUCAGCUGCUGCGGGUUCUACCCUGCAGUCAUGAGUUCCAUGGAAAGUGUGUGGACAAGUGGCUCAGGGCUAACAGGACGUGUCCCAUCUGUAGGGCUGAUGCCUCCGAGGUCCAGCGAGACUCGGAGUGACCAGCAGGGGGGACAACCACGCUGACAGCUGUAGCACUGCCCUCCAUCUCUCCUUUAGCGCUCUUGCCCUUCUGUCCUCUCUUUAUACUCUAACUCCAUUCCCACUGGUCCAGCACACACCCAUUUGCAUCUCUCUAGCUCUGAAUGUCCUUCAGCUGGUGUGUGUGCGCAGGAACGUGUCUCUGUAUGAUUCCUGGCUUUGAGUGUGUGUGUGUGUGCGCAGGAACGUGUCUAUCUGUAUGAUUCCUGGCUUUGAGUGUGUGUGUGCGCAGGAACGUGUCUAUCUGUAUGAUUCCUGGCGUUGGUAUGUACAAGCUUUGAGUGUGUGUGUGUGUAUGAUACUGUAUUUUAGUGUCUCUGAUCGUGUGUGUGCUUCGACUUGGGUGUCCACACGGCCCUCUCCAUGUAGUUGACACGUGAAGGUCCAUGCCACUGCGCUGCCUCUCUGUAGAACUAGUUUCUGUUUGUUUUUGUUUAGUUUCUCUGCCUGGCUGUUUACCUCGUCAUUCCUGUUGCUCAUUGUUACCACGACAACGCUCUUCACCGUAUUCCUCUGAAGUUUCUCUUCUAUUUCUCUUUAUUUUUGUUCCUUAUUAAAUAUGAUCAGUUUGUCUGACUGCAGUGGCACAUAUAUAUAUAUAUAUAUAUACUGUAUAAAUAUAUGAAUAUCUGUAUACCAAAUAAAAGGCUUGAUAUUAACUUUUUAAAAAUCACAUUUUGUACAGGUAAUUUUUUUUUUUGUAUUAUGAGCUGUGGUGCAGUUAGGUUUGAUUGUGCUCAAUUGAUUUGUGUUCUGGAUGUGUUAGACUUUAGGUGGUGGUUCGUUAAUAAAAGACAUUAUACACUGA